UAACAGAUGGAAGAUCUUUCUGUAUCUCCUUCUCUCCAUAAAUAUGCCUUUCCAACAAUAAAUAAAUGAAUCUUAUGCAAAUAAGUAUAGAAAAUUUUCAAGAAUAUUAAUGUAUGCAGGCCACACAAGGAGCUAUCUCUGAAUGUGCCUGGAGAAACACUGAGAACUGGUGGUGAAGACCAGGGGUGGAGGGGUCCUUAGUAGAACAUCCUCUCUUCUUUCUCUGAAGACAAGCUCCAACAUGCGACUUCGACGUUGAACCAAAGGAAAUCUGUUUUGGGAGAUUUUUUGUUUUCGUUUUCUUGGUUUCUUAUUCAUCCGUGGGGAAGCUGCGGGACCUUGUGGCUCUCCGCUCCGGGUGACCUUCGUUUAUCUAGUUAUCUUUCGGCAUCUGUCGGUUCUAACUCUACCGGUGGGAAGACUUUCAGUGUGGAUGCUAAAGACGAGUGAACGAGCGUAAGGGGAACUCUGUCACAGCAGCCGCGGACACGGAAGACGUAACGACGGCACCGGGAACCGACCUUGACGUAGGAUUUGCGCAGGAAAAGGCCAAGGAGACACAGCGCCCUCUAAAGGGAGUGCGCACAAAUGAGGUCAUGGUAUCACGUGUCCUUCGUUCCACCAAUCGGAAAUUAGCAAUCGUUUCCUCUGUUCCCCAUGGAAACAGUCCCGCCCCACUGACCCUCCCUCCCCAUUCAGUCGUAAGACUUUGGCGUUUUAUUGAAUGUUCAAGCUGACAAUCAAAUACCUGCGCCCUCUGGCUGGAUGACUUGCUUCCGCUAAGCAUGAGAAGACACGGAUUGGCCAAGGAACCCUCCCUGUAUACUGUCAAAGCCAUCCUGAUUCUGGACAACGAUGGAGAUCGACUUUUUGCCAAGUACUAUGACGACACUUACCCCAGUGUGAAGGAGCAAAAGGCCUUUGAGAAGAACAUUUUCAACAAGACCCAUCGGACUGACAGUGAGAUUGCUCUCUUAGAAGGCCUAACCGUGGUGUACAAAAGCAGUAUUGACCUCUAUUUCUAUGUGAUCGGCAGCUCCUAUGAAAAUGAGCUGAUGCUCAUGGCUGUCCUGAAUUGCCUCUUCGAUUCAUUGAGCCAGAUGCUGAGGAAAAACGUGGAAAAGCGAGCUCUGCUAGAGAACAUGGAGGGGCUCUUCUUGGCCGUGGAUGAAAUUGUAGAUGGAGGGGUGAUCCUAGAGAGCGAUCCUCAGCAGGUGGUACACCGGGUGGCAUUAAGGGGUGAAGAUGUCCCCCUGACGGAGCAGACUGUGUCUCAGGUGCUGCAGUCGGCCAAAGAGCAGAUCAAGUGGUCGCUCCUCCGGUGAAGACCCCACCGUCCCCGGCUCCUCACCCCUCAGAAACUCCACACAGCUGCUGUGACUUCUCCUCCAGUACCCGAGCGAUGCUGUCAGGGUCACCUCAGGGAUCACAAGGGAUCCUUCAGUCUCAACCUUCUCUGUGGCUGGCCCCUACUCCUCCAACCUUCCUGUGCACAUCCUGUUCCUUCUCCUUCUAAAAUCCCCCCAGCAGGCCUGGAGGCCAGGCAGGGGACACGCCUGUCACCUUUCUGGAGAGAAUGCUCCCGCGCUGUCCUGACCCUCCUCCCCCCUAUUCCCGGCGUGUUCUCCUCAACUCCCUGCAUCCUUUGCUGUACAUGCUCCUCAGAUCAAAGCUGGAGAAGGAAUGUGCUGCGUGCUUUCCUCCCUUGGCCCUCACCCAGCCCUCGUCCCCACCACCUGGAUAGAUUGUCGGGGCGGGGAAGAAGAGCUCCCUCCUACACAGAGCCUUCCACUUGUUUUCUCCCCUUCGUGCUUGCUGCUCAACCCUCUGCCCUCGUCAAGAGGUUGGGAGGGGGCAGAGUGCAAGAAAUAGUGACAGGAGAUUUUACUGGAGAGGGCUUGUAAAAUUCAUUCUUGACACCAUUCCUAGCAUACAAGCCGCAAAGCUGCCCGUGACCCAUCGUAGUGGUGUUCGUGGGAGUGUUUUCCCAUCCCAUGGGCAUCUUUAAGUCUCCACCACUGCAGUCCGAUUUGUCCCUCUGUGCACUGCAGCAAAGCCAGGCGCAGGAACUCAAAUUCCACUGUAGUCUAGGGAAGAAGAAAUGUGCAGAACUGGACGAAACAGAACACCAGACUUGGGCCUCUAGGCUCUGUCAGCCCCAGAGCUUUCCACAGGCAUUUGCUGCUCAGCCUGGGUUCUGUUUCUGCUGCCCUGCCUUGGCCUUAGAUCUGAGCUGUAGGUCUGGGCUCCCUGCCUCCCUUCCCCUCGAGACAGGGGCCUUUCCUUUGGGAAUGGGUUUCCCCAGGGAGGCAAGGAUAGAACUCUUUAAUCUUAUUCUUCGCCGUGACCCAAAGUUUCUACACACACAGUCUUUAAAAAUCUUCCUGAGACUUCAGUGUUCUGCCCCAUCCACUAACUGCCAACUGCAACAUGGCAGUGAGGCACAUAACUGGGCAUCUUUGUGUCAGAAGUGUCUGGAGUCCAGAAGCUAGCCAGCCACCUUCCUGUCCCGCUCCAUGCAAAGAGGAAUAAACCCAGUUUCUUUUUCCAAA